AUGUUGACUACAGAGCACCAAUCUCAGCCCCUCCUGCAAAGUCCAAAUGAAAUGAAUGAGCGGCAACCUUUCGAUAGGAUGGAUGUGUCUGAGGUUGACAUGCUGCAUGCAGAACAUUCCAUCCAAAUAACAAAUGAAGAACUUAGCAUUGCCAAAGCUGCCCAUCUUUACGCAUUCACCGAGAACACAUAUUUCAGAUCGCGGUUAUUCCGGAUCCCCAGAAGUGCUGAACGGGAUCCUGAAAGGCAAUGGGACAAGGAAUUCAUUGAUGAAUGCCAUCUACGAGAAUUUCGAGACUGGCCAAUGCUGCCAAAUUCUAUAAGGGAUGGGAUUCCUGAUCUUGCAGUGCAGAAAAGGAUCAAUGACAGCAUUUGCAAAGUACGACGUCAACUAAAGCACCAGAUUCUCGAAAAUCACUCAACCUGGUCAGCUGUCUUUACAUUCUGGAAUAAGCAAAUGGGACCACUCUGGGAGUGUGAUAGAGCGAAAGAAUUGCGAGGCAAUCAAAACGCAAAUGGGCAGUAUCCUGAUAAUCCCCCAGUCCUAUUUCCCCCGGGAGAGCCUGACCCAAAGUUCUUCAUGGACUCACCUUAUGUUGUUGAGGGGAUGAGGGUGCUGUUAUUUGGAUCAAGGGGGCCAUUGUUUAAUUGUGAAGAAGAUGCACCUGUUUCUCUCAGGAGCUCUGCAUGGGAACAUAGUGCAGCAAAUUGCGCUGCAAAAAAAUACAAAAUUACAGCAGUUACACCAGGACUCGUAGCAUUGGCUGCUAUUGGGAUUUGGAGCGUCCUCUUACCUCCUGAAGAUCGUGCUGAUGUUGAAGUCAAGUUUCACCGGUGGCGCAAGCUUCUUAUCAAAACUCUAGCAUAUGAAGAUUCCUACCCUCCAGGAGUGCGACAAUAUUUCCAUGAGACAAUGGAAAGGCACAAUGUCCUCUUAUUCAGCAAUAGUAUGAAGCCGGGUCAAGCUGAUUCUGAGAGCAUGGGCAACGAUGAAACUGGUGUAGAAGAAUUCAACUUCGAGAAGCAGUUGGAAGCAAGCAUAAAAGCGCAGCGUAUGAUAGACAGUGAUUUGGCUGGCACAUCAGUACCGGACAAUCAGGCCAAUGGUGGAAACAAAGUGUCUCAAACACCACUCUUCAUUCCUAGUGAACCAGGCACACCGGAGCCCUCGAUCUCCAAUGACAAAGACAAUGGUGAUCCUGUCGCUGACCCCCCAACAACAUGGAGACCCAUAAUGCAAAAGAUGAUAGUUCCACCAGGGGAAAUGAUGGUGUGGGACUUGGAGAGUGAGCUCUUGGAACAGUCUGCAACAGAAAAUUCAAGAUUGAGUGUCAGAGAUUGUUCUGUGCCUAGGGAUUCCCCAGCACUUAGGCCUCGUGCGAAGGUGGAAUCCGAUCCUUCAGAAGUUCAAGAGAUUAAUCAAAGAUGCACACAGCGCCAAGCACAAAACCAGAAGGCUCUAGCUGGUAAGCAUCAAGUAGCUGAAGAACUCCCCACUCCCACAAGAGAAAUUGUGAGCUGGGGUCGAGGUGUGCGAGGUGCACAAAGUGCGCAAGUUGUGCGAGGUGCACAAGGUUGGGAUGGUGGAAGGGGAAAGGCAAGGGUACCAGAGAGCAUGGCUAUGUUCACAAAAAGAUCUGGCAGAUGUGUUGUUGGCACCAAUUACUAA